CGGCUGUGUUGGAUCAUGAUUGACUUGUUGAACUUAUGAAGUGACGUCCUAACGACCACUUCCUUUCCCAAGGUAACCGUGGUAGAAGUCAUACUACGUGCGAGUGGCUUUGUGUAUUGUUCGGUCAAGGCAGCAUGGCUUCUAACUUCGCCCCGUCGUCGUCAAUGGUCCGUAACUGUUACAAUUGCGGACAGCCGGAACACUUGUCACGUUUCUGUCCUUUACCUGAUCGUCGAUUAGUCGGUAGUUCCAAUGCGAAUGUCAAUACUAGUACGACUAUUGUACCUGCGCAAGGAAACACUGUCGCUACGUACCCGACUACUAGAGUCAGUUUUGCUAGUUAUGGUUAUGGUCAUGGUGGUGGCCUCAAGCCACGCGUUGAAACGCUGGAGACUACUGUUGCUGAACUGAAGGCCUAUCGGGAUGCCGGCUUAGAACGAGAGAGAAUCAAGAGGGAGGAAGAAGAGAGGAUCAAGCGAGAAAAAGAAGAAGAAGAACGUCGGGAACGUGAGAAGAAAGAAAGAGAGGAAUUCCAAUCAAAGAUUAAUGUCAAUAUUGUUGAGCAACUGAAGCCGGUGCGUGAGCUACUCGAGACCAAAACGGUUAAAGGAGGUGAAAGCGAUGAGGUUGCUAAGCUACGGCGUGAGAUUGAGAGCCUGAAGAUGGCUCAAAAAAACAUUGGCGAGUGUUCGACUUCCGAGAGUAUUUUUGACCGGUACAAACGGGAGCUUGAAGAGGAGCGUGCACGCGCGGAUCGAAGGUUUGUUGUUAUGGAGGAGGAGAUCGCGAGGCUUAAGAAAGCGAAUGAGGAAGCCUUGAGUUCUGCGGAGGCAUGGAAGCUGGAAGCUCUUCGGCCGGGGAAUAAGAGGGGAAGCGUGGCAGUUACUCCCAUCCCGGAGGUUGAUAGGUUGAAGGAGAAGUUGGCUGUUCUUGAGAUGGAAAAGAAGGCAGCCACGCCGAUUGCCUCUAAUUUGAAGACGAAAUUGGACGGAGCUGCGGCGGCUACGUUGGAUAAAGGGAAACGACCGAUGACACCGAAGACGAAGAGUACGACUGUGAACAAACGGGAUGCGUUUUUGAUCGAGCAGCGGCGAUUUUUGAAGUCGAAGAAGAAAGAGGACAUCCUGACUAUUUGUGCUGAUGAAGGCAUCACAUAUACAACGUUGGAGAAGACAAAGGAGAAAAUCAUACAUAAGCGUGCUGACGCUGCUUUCGGGAAGGUUGGAGCACAGAGAGGUGGUGUCGUUAUACAUGAUAUCAUGGAUAACACUGAGCCGGCCAAAGAUGAUUGUACGGAGGACAACGGUGAUUCGGGUGCUUCGUAGGCCUGCCCCCGAAUGUGACGUCUGCUUGGAAUCUUCUUAAAGCAUGUGUUGAUUUGCGACUAUCUUCUAGUGAGUUCCUUCGGGCCAAACCGUUCAAUGUUCUGGCGUGCCUCUUGAUAUUAUUAUUGAUUAACUUGGGUCACAUUCCGUGGGGAGGUAAGCUUUGCGGUUUUGUGGAUAGAUUGUUGGAUGAUGGUUAUGAUUUCACCUUGCAGAAAGGUCCAGUGGUGUCUUGGUGUCCCCAUGGUGUCGACACAUGUAUGUUGGUAGCACGUCUAGGGAUUUGCAUACGCGUUGGAGUGAACAUGUGUAUCGGUCAUGUAGUAAGGAACUCGUUAGUAAAGGGCAAUGGAAUGA